AUGGCUCCCCUCAAGCCCUCCUGGAAGCAGCCCUCCCACCCCGACGUCCAAGACGUCGUCGUCAGCGGUGCCGACUUCAUGACCAAGAGCCUGUCCAAAGUGACCGUGCCGCCCUUUGGCCUAUUCGUCAAAUUGGAGUUCCCUCCUUGCACCUUGGCCAGCGAGCCUACUUAUGCUACCGUUCAGAUGGGCAAAGACCAGCAUCUGAACCUCAACAGCGACUUGCUCUACAUCAACCACUCGUGCGAGCCUUCUCUUCAUUUUGACAUGCGAAACAUGAAGAUUGUGGCGGGACCCAAGGGUCUUCAGCCCGGAGAUGAACUCACCUUCUUUUAUCCUUCUACUGAAUGGAACAUGGCCCAGCCAUUCGAAUGCUUUUGCGGUAAGCCCACUUGUAAGAAGGUGAUUACUGGCGCCAAAGACAUGCCCUCCCAGCUACUUGAUGGUCUCUGGCUCAAUGACCACAUCCACGAGCUUCUUGAGGAGCAGGCAUUGCUUCGCGAUAACCAACACUCUCUAUCGGAAAAUGGUGGCUUCGGAUUGCUACGCCGCGGAAUCACAUCGCGCGAAUUGAGCGGAGAGAUGGGCGGCGAUACUGUUAAGGCCUAA